UCUAACCAAGUAUUGUUUUAUAGCGCGAUAGUGUACCAUCCCCGACAAUCAGCAACAGUUGGUGUUUAAUUGAGGAAGAUGUCCAAGGGUGCCGAUGAAAAGGUACAGGCGGAGCACGACGGCUCGAGGGAAAAAGACACAGUAUCGCCUGAGGAUGGGUCAGGAAUAAGAAAAGGUCGCGGUCUAUUAAACGUCCCAUCAAGAUCAUCGUCGCAAAAAAUACAGUCAUCUCCGGCGACAACGGGGCUAAGCGGGACUACCGCUGACGAUCCAAGAGAUAGUAUUGGUGGCCAUUCUAAGGAAUCAAAGCACAGCAUGUUGGGCCGGCGUCGGAACGGUAGCGCAUCCAGUAAUCAUUCUGGGGCUGCCACGAAUCCUACAACUACACCAAGCACAUCGCAGCCAAAUUCUCCGGCUGGGGCUCCUCAGCGGAGGAAAAAAGGCGGGUUACUCUCGCUUCUUGGCUGCUGUGUUGUUCCUAACAACGCCAAUACUCUCGAAGGUGGUGAGGAUCCACUUCCUUCACACAAACUCGACAAGAUUCCUCAAAGACCCUUAACUUCUAGCCGGCGGACUAUAACACCUUCCGACCAGACCGCUGGUAACAAGACUCAGGCCUAUGAGAAGGAGAAGGAUUCACAAAAUCAAACGGGCACUGCUACUUUGGACACUUCCAAAUCCACAAAACGAGCUUCGGCUUCUACGACUCAGGAUCAGUCGACAGUUGGCGACCGUGAGAGUGAAUCAAAACAGACUACUCUAGUCGGCGUGUCGGGCCCCAGCAUCACGGUCAAUCCGCCGGUUGCAGAGGAUCAUGAAGCGGAGGCGGUUGCAACCGAAGAGCCUUCCACUAGGGACGUUGACGGCGAUGUUGAGAUGGCGGAUGUCACACCAGCCACAGCCGAACCCGUCAAACAACCUAGUGCGGGAACCGACGAACAGUAUGCGAAGCCGGUUCCCCCUCCACCACCAGGGCCAAUACCUGUUGCUAACCCUGUCCCCGUCACCGCGGAAGACACAUCAAUGGAUAUGGAACAAGGUCAACAGAAGUUCCUCUUACCGCCUAUCGAAUCCCAUCUCAAGGGUAGGAAGUGUCUCGUGCUAGAUCUUGACGAGACAUUAGUACAUAGUUCCUUCAAGUUAUUACAUCAAGCCGACUUCACGAUACCGGUUGAGAUUGAAGGAAACUAUCACAAUGUAUACGUCAUCAAACGACCAGGUGUCGAUCAGUUCAUGAAGCGGGUGGGCGAGCUUUAUGAAGUUGUAGUUUUCACAGCUUCUGUCUCCAAGUACGGCGACCCGUUACUAGACCAACUUGACAUCCAUAAGGUUGUCCACCACAGGCUGUUCCGCGAAAGCUGUUAUAACCACCAAGGCAAUUAUGUUAAGGAUCUUUCUCAAGUCGGCAGGGAUCUCAAAGACACGAUAAUCAUCGACAACUCACCUACCUCAUACAUAUUCCACCCUCAACACGCCGUGCCCAUUAGCAGUUGGUUUUCGGAUGCCCACGAUAACGAACUAUUAGACUUGAUACCCGUUCUCGAAGAUCUGGCCGGAGCCAACGUACAGGAUGUCAGCCUGGUUCUCGAUGUCACUCUUUAAACUUCGGUUAAUAAUUUUUCUAUUCUACAAGGACGACAACUCCAAUCAAAAACCACUACCUAGGUAGCAGUUUAUCAUAGCGGCGGGCGUUUGGUGACAAUCAAUAACUUCAGAU